AUGCCACCCUCUAGGGUUGGAGUCAUCCCCGUCGUCUUCAUGCGAUCGUUGACGUUACGCCACCACAUCCCGUUGUCUCGUCACCUUGUCCCUGUCGUCGUGCUUUCCGUGACUUGCAUCGCCUCACGCCCCGUUCUGUCGUUGUGCCUCUUUCUGUUGUUUGACCCCUUUUGUUCGGCCCAUUGGGACUUUGGAUGCGUCACUCUCCGAUAG